AUGAAAGGGAAGGGCCAGGCUACAGUGAACGAUAUGGUACAAAAGACCAACCUAGCUUUUAGCCCAGCUGUUAUGAGUUGUCCUCUACCUAGCAAAUUCAAGAGGCCAACUCUUGAGAGCUUCGAUGGGACGCGGGACCCUCUCGACCAUUUGGAGACUUACAAAGCUCUUAUAUAUUUGCAAGUCGUACCGGACGAGAUUAUGUGCAGGGCUUUCCCUACCACACUCAAGGGUUGGGCUCGUCUCUGGUUCAAUAAAUUAAAGCCAGGCUCAAUUGAAAACUUUGAAGAGUUGAGCAAACAAUUUAUAGGACACUUCAUCGCUGGGCAGAAGCACAGGAGACCAGUAAUACAUUUACUUAAUGUGAAGCAGCAGAAGGGAGAGUCCCUUCGUGAUUACAUAAGUCGUUUUAACACUGAAAUGCUGCAAGUUGAAGAGGUGGACGACAAGGUUGCUAUUUUCCUAUUUUCCUUAUCAAAGGAAGCCCCUACAACCAUGACAGAGUUGAUGGUUAGAGCGCGGAAGCACAUGAACGCUGAGGAUGCUAUGAAUGCACGAAAAAACAAAGAUGGUGAAGAUAAGAGGUUUCACCGGGACCAUGGACAUAACACAGAAGAUUGUUUCGACCCCAAAAACCAGAUCGAGAACCUUGUUCAUAAAGGUCAUUUACGCAAAUUCACAACUAGAAAUGGAAAAGGAGGCUCCAACCCAGCCCAGGAGGGCCGAGAUGAUCGCCCUCCUCAACACCAACCAAUGGGUGAGAUCAAAGUUAUAUCGAGUGGCUUCGCUGGUGGUGGUGAGACAAGUUCGGCUUGGAGGGCUCAUGCUAGGAGAAUUCGGAGUUUUUCAGAGGUGAAUGAAGUUGGAAUGACAAGUCCUCCAACAAAAUUACCUCGAGUUGAGGAACCGGUCAUAACCUUUUCUGAAGAAGAUGACAAGGGAAUUCACCAGCCCCAUGAUGACCCUCUGGUAGUUUCCAUGGUCAUUGCUAAUUUCACUGUUCGACGAAUACUGAUAGACAAUGGUAGCUCGGCUGACAUACUAUUUCUUAGGGCGUACGAGAAAUUGAAAAUUGGCUGA